AUGCACAGCACCACAUGGGUCGAAGGGGAGGACCAGGACGUCUAUGAGGUCGAGUCCCGGGUACCCCUGCCCCGGCCGUUCCCCUUGUGUAGCACUUUAAAUGAGAAAAAUUCAGUGGUUGUACAAACCAAGAUCUCUCACGUCAACCACCGGACAAAUGGCCAUCUUCUUAAAGUUAUCUCCAAAAUUUCCCUCCCCACUCCACCUUACACACUGGAGCAUGCGAAGCUGACGCAGACGGAGCUGAUGCGGGAGUCGUUCAGACACAACCAGGAGAUGAGUGACCUGCUGCAGCGGCAGGACGAGCUGCAGGAGCGGCUCUCCGAGGAGGCGCGAGCACGAGAACAACUGGCUCUGGAGCUGCACCGAGCAGAGGGUGUGAUCGAUGGCUACACGGGGGAACGGGCCGCGCUGGAGGAGCAGCUGCGUCAGAAAGAGGAGCUGCAGCUGACCUUGGAGCAGGAGCUGGAGGUGACCGGCUCCCGUCUGCAAGAGCUGGAGCAAGAGAGACUUCAGAUGCUGGAGGAGAGAGAGCUGUUGUCACGGCAACAGGAUGCCAUGAGGGAGGAGGCGGGGCCCCGAGAGCUACGCCUAGUUGAAGCUGCAAUGGUUGCAGCUCCAGAAGCAGACCUUCUGGAGGAGACGGAGAAGCUGAUGCAGGAGAAGGUGGAGGUGCAGCGUCAGGCGGAGAAGCAGAGCGCAGACCUCCUGAAGCAGGUGAAGCUGCUGGAGGUGGAGCUGGAGGAGCAGGUGACCCGCGUCAUGGAGAUGGAGCACUCCCAGACCAACGAGACCGAAGACCUGCAGCAACAGGUCUACGCUCUGGAGAAACAGCUCGACAAGAACAGGAGGUUUCUGGAUGAACAAGCUGUGGACAGGGAGCACGAGAGAGACUUCUUCCAGACAGAGAUUCAGAAGCUGGAGGAUCAGCUGAAGUCGUCCCAGAGGCCUCAGUCUGGCUCUGAGCAAAGAAACCUGGAGGUGGAGCGGCUGAGCUCACAGCUCAAGGAGAAGACGGACUGCUGCAGUGAGCUGCUGCUGAGCUCGGAGCAGCUGCAGCGAGAGCUGGGGGAGCGCGGCGAGGAGAUUGACAAACUGGAGAGCCGCAUCCGCGAGCUGGAGCAGGCCCUGCUGGCCAGCGCGGAAUCCCUGGAGACUGAACAAAAUAAGCAGCAUGCGUCCAUCACAGAAGCCAAGCACCCGAGUCUGGAGACUCAGCUCCAAUCUGAGAGAGAGGCUUUGGAGAGAAAAGAAAAAGAGAUCUGUAAUCUGGAGGAACAGCUGGAGCAGUUCAAAGAGGAGCUGGAGAACAAGGGUGAAGAGCUUCAGCAGCUUCAGAUGCAGCUGGAGAUUCAGAGAAAAGAGAUCGACAGCCAACAACAAGACCUGGACACCCGGGACAGUCUACUGCAGGUGGUGGAGGAGAAGGACAGGGAAAUAGCAGUUCUUAAUGAACAGAUCUCUAAACUUCAACACACGGACACUGCCUCUGAUAAUAAGGAAAUGGACGACAGGGGAGAGAAGGUCAGAGACUUGGAGUCCCAGGUGGAGUGCCUCCAAAGUGAACAGCAGCGUCUGAGAAGGGACCAUGAAGAGGAGACGGACCAACUCAACGCCGUCAUCGACAAACUGCAGCAAGAACUGGUCAAUAUCGAGCAGAAAACCACGGUGGAAGACGAUGAGGAAGAUAAGAGAAUACAAGACAGACCAACAACUGAGGAGUAUGAUGAAAUGAAGCAGAAAAUGGAUUCCGCCACCAAAGAACUAGUUACCGUCAAAUCUGAGCACGGUAAACUUUUCGGCACGUAUCUGCGUUUGAAAGAAAGCGCAGAAGCUUUAGCAGAGUCGGAAGAGGCGGGAAAUUCCGAGAGGGAGCUGGAAGAUGCUCUGAGGGAAAAGACCGCAGCUCUUGUGGUGAUGCAGGCCGAGGUGCAGGCGCUAGAGCAGAGCGCCACCUACAGAGUGGAGGAGAUGGACAGGCGAGUGCAUGAACUGGAGGCUUUAGUGAGAGAGAGAGACGCUGAGUUGAGUCGCUGUCGUGGACUGAUGGAGCAAAUGCAAAACUACGCAGACGGACUUCAAGACAAAGUUUAUAAAUUAGAGGCUAAUCUAAGGGACAAAGUGGCGGCGGCGCUGGUCAGCCAAGCCACACUCGAGGCCUUUCAACAGCAAUCCCCACAACCAAAACACGAGUCCACAGUCUAUGAUUUUGGUAGCUUCAACAUUCCUUGUUUGGACUUCAGUCAAUCUAGUCCGACUGGAGGAGGCCCCACAGGCAUCGUACGCCUGACAGAGAAGCUGCGGGAGCUGGAGGUGGGGCUGAGCUGGAUGCAGAGAGACCAGGAGCUCCAGAACCAGCUGCUGUCCAGUUCAGAGGAGGAUGUUCUAGAAUACGAGCGCAGACUGAGCGUCCUCAUGAACCUGCUCACUCAGAUGAAGAGCGGGGCCGCACGCAGACCUGCACCAUUGUUACAGACCUCUUCUUCUGCUGACCCACCGUCUGUGGAGGUCGAGGCGUCACUCACCAAAGAACAAGGAGAAAACUUCAAGGAGACCAUUAACCGCUUGCAGGAAGAGCUCACUGAGAAAGCUAAAGCAAUACAGAAACUAGAAGAACAACUUCAAAUGACGUCUUCAAACAGUGGUGAGGACGCCAGGUUCUCAAAGCUCCAACAAGAACUCAGAGAGGCUCAAAGUGACGCUUCUGUCGCCAAAGAAGAGCUGAGCAGCUGCAAGGACAGUCUGCACAAGUUACAAGUGCUGUUACAGGAGCGGGAGAUGACCAUAGCUCAACUCAAACAAGACCUUUCCCAAGCCGCUUCUAACCGCGGUGAGGAGACAAGGACCUCUGAGCUUCAGCAGCAGCUUCAAGAGGCUCAAAAGGAAGCUUCCGUCGCCAAAGAAGAGCUGAGCAGCUGCAGGGAGAGCGUGGACAAGCUCCAGGAUCUGCUCCAGGAGCGAGAAAUGACCAUCGCGCAACUGAAAGGAGAACUUUACCAAGUUAAAGUAAAUGAGGACGGAAACAGCUUUACAGAAGUUCUCGGGAAACUUGAGCAAACGACAAAAACAGCAGCCUCGACCAAAGACGAACUGGACAGCAUCAAACGGCAGAAUGACGACCUUCAGGAUGAACUUAAGUCUAGUGAGGCUCGCAUCUCCAAGCUGAAAGAGCAGCUCCAGGAGGCCAGGAACAACAUGGAAAACACCAAAGAAGCACUAAUCGGAUACAAAGAGGAAAACGAAAAGUUACAAGAUGAGGCCAGCGAGCGCGGAAGCUUCAUUUCAAGUCUCAAAGCGGAAUUAGAAGAAGCACGCACGGCUUUAAAACAAACCGAGAUCACGCCAUUGCCUUCGCCUUCGCCAUCUCCUUCACCCCAGCCGGCCUCGUCUGCUUCCUCCGUCUCUCAAUCUAAAAGGAAAGCGGUGAAACAGCCUGCUCCAAAAGGCAGCAGCGCCAAAGACAAACCCAAUCCCUCCCGGAAAAACUCCUCCUCAAGCCACUCAUCCCACAAGUCUCACAGUCCGAGGUCGAACGGCAGCACUGAGCAACACCCGGUCACCGACGCCUUCACGCAAACCGAGAAUCUGCAAGGUCUGGAUCGAAGCGCUUUCGAGUCUGCGGUGAAAGACGAGGUGGAGGAGGUGAUCGAGACGUUUCAGGAGAAGAUGGAGCAGAUGCAGGAACUCCACGCGGCCGAAAUCUUGGACAUGGAGUCGAGGCACAUUGCAGAAAGCGAGAAUCUGCGGCAUGACACGCAGCUGCUCGAGAACGAAUGCAAAGCGCUGAAGGCUGUCAUCGAGAAACUGCGAGCAAAUGAGGCCUCCUCGGUACGACGAGAGCAGUCGGCUUCUCAGUUCAAAGAUGGCUACACAAGUGACAGUAGUUCAGACUUCAGUCAGCGGACCGGAUAUGACCUUCCCAGUCUCCAACACGAGUUCCGGGCGACUCCAGAGGGAGCGAGGAGAGACAAUGACGAGACACUCCCAGACCGAAUCAAGACGUUGCUUCGGGAGGUCCAUCAGGAGGGCAUGCAGGUCCUGUCUCUGUCGGAGCUGCCCCCCCUGGAGUCCGAUCCCAGCGCUCACUUCAACGUUCAGGGCUGGAUGAAGGAGCGAGAGGCCCUGCUGUCCACGGUGCAGUCUCUGAAAGGCCUCAUCACCUCCAUGCAGACGCAAAGAGAGACACAGACGUGUGGCGGUGUGGACUGGCGCGGGCAGCUGCUGGAUGCAGUGCAGAAGGUUUUCCACAGCGAGAGAAGCGUCUUGAAAAACACCUUGUACAGUCAGCUGGAUUUACUGGACACCAGCGACGCCAUCGUCCACCUCAACCAGCUGGAGCAGCGCCUCUCCGAGCAGGAUGCUCAUCAGAGGGAAGCUCUUGAGUUUCUGCACAGCACCGACCGCUCCAGUCUCCUCUCAGAAAUCCAUCAGCUGCGAUGUCAAAUGGAGGAGCUUCAACAAGGUGGUGGUUCUGGGGCCCUGUUGAGUUCUGAGUUCAGCCUGACUGAGCGUGCGGAGGUGGGGAUGGAGGCGGUGGGGAUGGACCGGCUGCUGCUGGAGGACCUGAAAAUUGAACUGUCUCAAACUAAACUGGAAUUGGAGACGACGCUGAAGACGCAGCACAAACACAUCAAAGAACUGGACACUCUGAGGGCGGAGGUGACUCAAAAGGCCUCAGAGGUGGACGCUCUGAGUGACCAGCUGAUCGAGGAGAAGAAGAGGAGCCGCGAGCUGCAGUGGAGCAUGGAGAAGGAGCGCUGUCGGACCGGGAGGAGUGAGGAGAGCCAACGAGAGGAGCUGGAGGACGUGCAGUUGGAGCUGGAGGAGCAGAAAGCCCUCCUGUCUCAGCUCAACACGGAGCUCCAGCAGCAGCGACAGACGUCACAGCAGGAGGAGCAGGAGCGCCUCAGCCUCCACCACCGCCUCCAGGAGCUCCAGGUGCAGCUGGACUCAGAGCGAGCCAAAGCCCAGGAGAUGAGCUCCGCCCUGGGCCGCGAGAGGCAGCUCCGCAGGGCCGGCUCCUCAGAGGGUGGUCCUGGUACUGCUGAAGGAGGAGAAGGAGAAGUAGGAGGAGGAGGAGAGGGGCCUGAGGAGAAUCUGUUAGAGAGACUACAAACACAACUGGACGACAAACAUGCUCAGGUCGUUCAGCUCUUGGGUCAAAUUGAGGCACAGAAACUUGUGGCGGUGCGAAAAGACGAGGAGCUGGUUUUGGUGAAUCAGAGCUCGACCCGGGACCACCAGGCUCUGCUGGAGGCUCAGGCUCAACUGGAGAAACUCAGAACCCAAAUGCAACACAUGCAGGAGCAGCUGGACACAGAGGUGCAGAAGGGCAAGAGGCUGGAGGAGGAGUGGGGCAAACAGCAGAUGAGGCUGAAGAGAGGAGAAGACACCGGAGACGGACCUGUGCAAACUGAGGGUCAUGCUACUUUGUGGGAGACCUCGGACCGGACUAAGGACUGGGUGUUGCAGCAGAAGACCUCAAGUCUGGACCGGGCUGGACCUGCAUUGCAUCAUGGGCCAUGGCGCACGGUCGACAACAUCUUGGGAAAACUGCACCUGGUUUCUUCUAAGGUCCACAGCCUCUCGGACAAAGCUGCUGGGAGACCCACAGCAGAGGUCGACUCUGAGGAGCUUUCCUGGCUUCAGUCCAACAUCGAUGACGUCAUUUCACUUUUGAAGCAGUCUCCAGGUCUCCCUCCUCUCCCCGAGAGCUCGUCUUUAUCCGGCGGCUCCAGCUCCCUCACCGAGCGGCUGCUGCGACAGAACGCGGAGCUCACGGGGUUCGUCAGUCGUUUGACCGAAGAGAAGAACGAGCUGCGGAACCACACGCUGAGGCUGGAGGACGAGCUGCGGCGGCACCGGCACCACGGCGCCGCGGACACGAUCAGCAGCAGGAGAACGACCUCAAAACCCGACAGCUCCAGUUUGCUUCUGGCUCAGGAGCGUGAGGCCUGGACACGGGAGAGAGCCAGACUCGACAAAGCCCUACUUCAGGCUCAGAGCCAGUUAGCCCGGCUCAGGACUGAAGUACGGACCGAGACUCUGAGAGAACUCAGCGGACCGGAGGCUGACAACGCUGCACUAAAGAGGAUGUACGGGAGGUACUUGCGGUCGGAGAGUUUUCGUAAAGCUCUGGUGUAUCAGAAGAAGUAUCUGCUGCUGCUGCUCGGGGGCUUCCAGGAGUGUGAGGAGGCCACCCUGACGCUGCUGUCCCGGAUGGGAGGUCGCCCCGCUCUGUCCGGCCUCGACUCCUUCAGCCAGCGCAGGAAGGGGCUCACACGCUUCAGAUCUGCAGUGCGCGUCUCUAUCGCCCUCUCCAGAAUGCGGUUUCUUGUGAGGAGAUGGACCAAAGCGACUGGAAUGAGCGGCUCUCCGUCCUCCACAGCCAAUAAAAAUGGCUCGGGUCAAAGUCUAGGUACAGACGUGAGGGAUUCGCCGUAUCUACACCCGGGCAGCGUGGAAAUCUGCAGAGACAGAGACCGAGACAAAGGGGGCUCCAGCAGCAGAGGCCGAAGUGGACGAGAAUCUCCCAGAUCCUCCUCCGCUCAACACCGGUUGCACAUGUCCACGGAGCCGCUCACGUGUUCUCAUCUCCAAAGCUACGACCCGGACCGAGCGCUCACAGACUACAUCUCCAGACUGGAGGCUCUGCAGCGGCGGCUGGGGACCGUCACAUCAGGUGCUUCUUCUUCAUAUUCUCAAUUGCACUUUGGCUUAAGGAGGUAG